CAAUCUGAAUUCCGCCGACGCCAUUGACCAUGUCUGCGGAGCGUACCUUCUGCGACGAGCUUGAAGAGGACUUGACGGUCGUCGCCAACGAGAGCGAACAGGCCUCGGACAUCCUCAAGGGCGAUGCGCUCCUUACCUCGAUGCGGUCGUCGCUCGUCGGGCACUGGGCGCCGGUCGACACGCCGUAUGGGCCCAAGCCGCUCGUGUACGCCGACUUUACGGCCAGCGGCCGGUCGCUGGCGUGCAUUGAAGACUACAUGCAAGCCGAGGUGCUGCCGCUCUACGGCAACACGCACACGACAACGUCCAUUACCGGCCUCCAGUCGACGUGCUUUCGCCACGAGACGCGCCAAAUCGUCGCGCAGUGCGUCAACGCCAAGAUCACGGGCCGCGGCGCCGAAGACGUCGUGCUCUUUACGGGCAGCGGCAGCACCGCCGCGAUCAACAAGCUCGUGCAACUGCUUGGGCUGCACGUCCCGUUGCGCAGCGACCAGGCACGGCCGGUCGUGUUUGUCGGGCCGUUCGAGCACCACUCCAACUUGUUGCCGUGGCGCGAGUCGGCGGCCGACGUGGUGCAAAUUCCCGAAAACGCAGCCGGGCAUGUCGACAUAGACGUGCUCGCGGCCAAGCUUCUCGAGUUUGCCGAUCGGCCGCUCAAGAUCGGGUCGUUCUCGGCCGCGUCCAACCUCACGGGCCAGCUCUCGGACGUCGACGCGAUCACGGUGCUCCUGCACAUGCACGGCGCGCUUGCGUUUUGGGACUAUGCGGCCUGCGCGCCGUACGUGAGCAUGGGCAUGAACCCCGUGCUUGCCGGCGACCAGCGUCCGUUUGCGUACAAGGACGGCCUCUUCUUCUCGGGCCACAAGUUCCUCGGCGGCCCGGGCUCGCCCGGCGUGCUCGUGCUCAAGAAGCGCCUCUUGGGCAACCCGGUGCCGUCGGCGCCCGGUGGCGGCACGGUCUUUUACGUCACCGAAGACGACCACCGGUAUCUCUCGAACCGAGCCGAGCGCGAAGAAGGCGGGACACCCGACACACUUGGCUCGAUCCGUCUCGGGCUGGCGCUCGAGGUCAAGCACCGCAUUGGUCUCCCGUUGAUUCACGCCCGCGAAGUUGCCAACGUCCAGCGCGUUGUGUCGGCACUGUCGCGGCACCCGAACAUCGUCUUGCUCGGUCACGAUGACGUGGCACCGUCGCGGCUGCCCAUCUUUUCCUUCCUCAUGACGGCCGGAGACCGAUUCUUGCAUUACAACUUUGUCUGUGCGCUUUUGAACGACCUCUUUGGCGUCCAGUCGCGCGGCGGGUGUCAGUGCGCGGGUCCGUACGGCCAGCGCCUCCUCGGUGUCUCCAAGGAACAUCAGCGGGCGCUCGAAGCCGCGCUCAUCGACAAGACCGAGGUGCUCCGUCCGGGCUUCUCGCGCGUGAGCUUCCCGUUCAUUCUGAGCGACGCCGACGUCGACUACAUCCUCAACGCGAUGGCGUUUGUCGCGACGCAUGGCUGGAAGUUUCUGCCGCAAUACAAGUUCAACCACAAGACGGGCGAGUGGAAGCACAAGACGCGCUUCACCAAGUUUCCCAACCGCAAGUGGCUCUCGAAAGCCCCUUUUCUCUCGGGCGUCUCGACGCAGACGCCGCCGACCGCCACCGUGCCGUCGACCGACGCGCUAUUUGCCGAGGCCGAGCGCCUCGCAGGCCUCGCGCCCACGGAAGCCAGCGGUACGGCGGCAAGCCACGGGAACAUGCUCGACCCGUCCAAGGAGUCGCUCCGGUGGUUCGUGUAUCCGUCCGAAGUGCUGAGCGCGCUCGCGUCACGCAGCGAGCUGCCGUCGCGGGCGUCGCCCUUGGGUCCGCUGCAGCCGCAAGCAUACCGCGCACGCGCACACUUGGUGUCCAAGCCCGAGACGGCGCCGGCCGCGACACCGAGCUGUGCGACGGGCGCCUGUUUUGUGUGCCCGGUCGCGCCCAAGACGGAGAAGUACCCGCGCCGCAGCAACAACAAUACGACCGACUCGAACCCGCAUGAAAGCCUCGCGUCGACGAUCGCGGCGACGGGUAAAAUUGCCGACCAGGUCGCAAAGACAACGCUGUUUCCCAAGCCGCCGCAGAAGGUCAUGCGCCUCGUGGGCCAAGCGCUCAUGCAAUGGGGCAUGAUCAACGACGGCGACCGGCUCAUCCUUGGUGUCUCGGGCGGCAAAGACUCGCUGAGCUUGUUGCACAUUUUGCUGACGCUCCAGAAGCGCGCGCCGAUUCGGUUUGAACUCGCGUGCGCGACCGUGGACCCGCAAACACCGUCGUUCGACCCGAGUCCGCUCAAGGCGUACAUGAAGGCGCUCAACGUGCCGUACUUUUACCUCUCGGAAAACAUUGUCGAGCGCGCCAUGUGUGAAAUGAACGGCGACUCGCUCUGCGCGUACUGCUCCCGCAUGAAGCGCGGGCUCCUCUACACGUGCUGCCGCAAGAACGGCUACAACAAGCUCGUGCUCGCGCAGCACCUCGACGAUCUCGCCGAGUCGUUCUUCAUGUCGGCCAUGUACAACGGCCAAGUGCGCACGAUGAAGGCCAAGUACUGGAACGACAUGAAGGACGUCGAGAUUAUUCGCCCGCUGGCGUACGUGCGCGAAGAGGCGCUGAAAGACUUUGCGUACGCCGCGCGCCUCCCGGUCAUCAACGAGAACUGCCCCGCGUGCUUUGAAGAACCCAAGGAGCGCGAGCGCGUCAAGAAGAUGCUCUUCAAGGAGGAGAGUCUCAACCCUGAAAUGUACAACAGCUUCCGCCGCGCGCUGUUGCCGCUCAUGGACAAUGACGUGUACCCCGUUAUGAACGACGUUCGCGCCCGCAUCGACUCGCAGAAGAAGGUCAAGAGCAACGUUGUCAAGUCGACCAAAGCGAUCGCCAAAGAGCAAGCGGUCGCUGCCGCCGAGCCCAAGCCCGAGCCGUCGGCCGACCCCAACUAAACCACACGACGUAACCAUCUUUUU